UUACACGCCGUGCGGCUGCAGUCAGCUCUUGUGACUGCAACUUAUGCACCUACCGCGGGGAGCGUCUAGAAAAGUCCUUGCCUGCGCGGCGCUGCGGCGCUCUUGGCAACGUGCUGCAGACACUGGCGGCGCGGUCGCGUUGGCUGCCACGUGACCGCUGGGGGCCGGGCACAUGGCGAUCGUGUGACUCGGUGACGUCACUGCCACCGGCACGUGUGCCAAGGCGUGGAAACAAGUGACUGUUCAGUAGCUCGCGCAGCGCAGCAGUGUUCCUUCUUGGUGGUUGGCGUUAUGCAAUUGUACUUGUCAAAAGAAGGUUUCAGCAGUUUGUUCGUCGUAAACAGCAGCACAUUUCUUGCCACAGCAUCAGUUGCCUACAUCUGCUACUAGUCCCAUGUCAAGGAAAUCAUUUGAUCCACUAUGGAGACGCACGGUUACUGGGACGAAACGUCAGCGUCUUCUCAACAUCUGAAAUUUGAAACGAAUCUCAACUUUACAACUGCAGCAGCUACAUCAGAAGACGACGAAUUUAACUUUCAUAAGAAGAAAGUGUCAAGGGAUCCAAUGUCACAUCGCAUAAUAGAGAAGCGGCGGCGGGAUCGUAUGAACAAUUGCCUGGCUGACUUAUCACGAUUAAUACCAGCGGAUUACCUGAAGAAGGGCCGUGGUCGCAUUGAAAAGACAGAGAUAAUUGAGAUGGCUAUCAAACAUAUGAAGCAUCUUCAGUCUCUGGCGUGUCCUCAGCUAGAGAACUGUGACCUAGUGCCGGAACAUACUCAGCCAGGUCCAAUUGUACUGGAACAUUAUAGGCUUGGUUAUCAGGAAUGUCUGUCUGAAACUAUGCAUUUCAUGGUUGAAGUAGAAGGAUACUUUGCUGGGGAUCCUUUGUGUGUCCAACUUAUUAACCACUUACAGAAGCACUGUGACAAAAUACUCAAAGGAGACAGGAUCAACUUCCCACGAACAAAUGUUGCAGAGACAACAAGCACUUCUUCUGGCAGUUCUGGUGGUUAUGGGCACCAUUCGCGACCCAUCGGUGCAAGCUCCGGCCUCGGAUCGAGCUCUUCACCAGGUUCAGGAUCUGGUUGCAGCUCUGAUUCAGGCAACAAGGAUACUCCAUCAGAAAUGCUUACACAGAGGCAGACAGUUGCUCCAGUUCCCGGGAUCACUGUGGAAGACAGAGAAGCAGUCCGAUGCAGUCAGUUACGGGACAUGCUGCAGCAACAUCCAUCUGCCACUGUCUCCUCUUCAGCAAGUAUGCCAUCAGUUGAUCAGAGUUCAGCUCCUCCACUUUAUAAGUUCAAGAACAAUAUCAAGCAACGCUUCACAGCAGAACACGAUGCUUCAUCAGUGAUACCUUUGUCAGAAGUGUGUAAUGGCAGCAGUGCCAAGAGAGCACGGUACAUGUCAGAGAUGAGUGAAGAAACAGGUGGAAGUGCAAGUAACAUCCUAGGACUGCCUAUUUUGACUGCAGAUGCGAAACGUCGUGAUAGUGAAACGUGUUCAGUUCCGUCUUCUCCUCCGUCACCGAAGUACAACCCUCCAAUGUCUCCAGUGACAGACUUGACAUCUCGUGUUACACCUCCUUUGCCACCUCAGCCUUCACAACCUCGUCACAAGUCUCACAUUCCACAUAGUCGAGGAAUUCCUAUAUUUGCCCUACAUUCGAAAGGUUCUUUCUAUAUACCUCUGACUUUGGAAGCAGAGGUUUUGGCACCAUAUCUAGCUGCAAUAGGUGUUGACACCGAUAUGGAGAACAGUCAUGACAUAUCUUUGAAGUCUAUUGUGCUUCAUCCUGUAACUAUAUCAGUCAAUUUCCAGCAGGCACAGAACAAUAUAAAAAUGCAUCACAUGAACUCUUGUUCCUCUUCCAUACCUUGGAAGAUUGAUUCUAAUGGAUUUUCCAGUACUGUGUCCAAGUGGCCUGUUUGUGUUCAAGACAGAGGUUAGACUAUUAAAAACGAUGCAGUGAAAAGUUUCAGAAUGGAUGCUCUCAUAAUUUAUUAAGCCAGAACAAUGUGGCGACUGAAUUCUGUGUUGUGUGUGAAGUGUUUUUUACAAUAUUUGACAGAGCAUGUUGGUAUAAGCCUCACUGCAGUUGGAGGGACUAAUUUGGUAGGAAAUAUAAAGUAUAAACUUGUAUUAAUUCUUACGGUGUCAAGCACCUCAAGAUUUCUACAGACUGAUAUUUCUAGUUGAACUAAAGUGAGUAUACCAGUGAUAUGCCUUAAUACAAAGUAUUUCUGUGUACUUUAUGAAAUGAAUUUGCACUAUGUGUCAGGUAUUAGUAAGGAGUGAGUAAUAGAAUAAAAUUUUUGUGUACUGAUGAAUGGUAUGGAGUUGUCACAUUACAAGUUUUUGUCAGGAUCCAGUCACUACCUGAUUUACAUGAAGGUUGAAGUCGAUAAUUCAAUUAACUCUCCACACAGUAAUUUAAAUGGUUUGUUUCACACCUACAAAUGUUUUGUACAAAGGAAGUUGUUAUGUUACAUCAGGCAAACUGUUGUAGUGUAAUAUUUAUACUGUUCAGUUUGGACAUUUUACAGUUUUUCAGAUAAAAUCUUUCAUUUAUUAGUGGUAGAAACUUUACAUAAACUAUUUUCAAUUGUGCAAGAAGGUAACUCUUUCUUCUGUUUGACAUAGAAUGUGGCUGACACAAUGACAGUUUCAAAACUCCAUAAUAUAAAUUUAUGUUUAACUAUAUUUGACCAGCUUAGUGCCUGCUGCUUCACUCUUGUAAACUGUAUUGACUGCAUAGAUUUUUCUUAUAACAUGUAUAACCAAAUUUUUAUGUUGAUACACAUGUUGUUCAUGUGUAAAUGUGUACACUAUAAAAGAGUAAGUGACCCAUUAAUGGCUGCCAGUCUUUGGACAAUUAACAUAUUCCAGUGAGUUCAAUUCAGUUUCAUAGAACAAGUUUAAAAGAAGGAAGAGACAAAUUGGAUGAGUGGUUCUAUGGUCUUCAGCCGGUACUGAAAUCUCUCAUCUCAAACGGAUAAUCCAGUACAUGGAAUCCCAGUUAAACAUGGUAUCUAUUUUAUCAUCAGUAAAGAUUAGUUUGUAUAGUAAUUACAAAGAAAGUAAUUUUUUAGACAUAUACUUACUCCACUGAAAAAUGUCAAUUUCGUUUUCUAUGCAAUUCUGAUAAAGCCGAUUUGGUUGAUGGGUGCUAAAUAGCUUUAUUUUAUUUAGUUCGCAAAUUGCAACACCUUCUAAAUUUUUCACACUAAUUAAGGCUAUAGAAACAUGGUCUUUUCCAAAUGUAUGUAUGAUGAAAAAGCGAUUCUGGUACCUGGAGUCCAAGGUCUUGAAUCUCACAUAACUAUUGCUGGCAGUCUUAUAUUUGUAGAAUCACAUUCUUUUUGGAUUUAGCUCAGAAAAAAGUGGUAGUUGUAGAAAAUGAAAGGCAUUUCCAUGAAAAUUUGGUAUGAACAAAUUGCUAUUCUAUGUGUAUUGGUACCUGAAUUCAUACUUGGGCAAUAAAUCAUAGUUUUGUGCUUUGGAUUGGUCCACACCAUUGCAAAAUGUUUACUGGUCAUUAGUUGUGGGAGAUUUACCUCAUUUCUCUUGUGUGCCCAGCAUCUGUUCAUUUCUGCCUAGCUGGGAAGUAGGAAACCUGAAGUACGAGACAGAGCUUGAUGUCUUGGUUGUUUUAUCUCAGUAUUUCAAAAAUUUAUGCUAAAUAACAAUAAAUGUGAAGCAGCAAUAGCUUUGGUUUUGUGAGCAGAUUUGAAACUAACACAACAAAUUAAGAGAGGAAAUUCAGCCUCCACAUUGCAAUUUAAACUGUUUAUUGGGUUGAUGUGAAAAGAAAUUUUAUAUAAUAUUGUUACUGAUAUUUAGGAUUAUUAAAUAACAUAGUCAGUGAUCGACAUUCCUUUCACAACGUGGAUUGUAUGUCAGCAGUGUAUAUGUUUUACAUAGGGUGAGACUGAUGUAACUUCUUGUGGGUAAUCUUCAGACAAUUUAUGACAGCCUUCCAAAACACUUUAUGAUUUUGUCCAUCUUCUGAUUUCUUUUUUAUAUAUUGGCAGCUAACAGUGUCAGUCAGUUCAAUUUCUGAUAAUUUCUCAACAGAAUUAGCACUUUAUUUAACUUCUUUCUGAAUAUAUAAUGUGCAUGAAUAGCAUACCCAGACAUUCGAAGGUAACAUGCAUUACUCAGGGCUAACCAGACUUUCAAACAGUGUCCAUUAAAUUUCUGUCAACAUACAUUACUGUACAAAAUUAUAACAACAUUGCACACUGCAAGGUCUGAUGUGUGUUAUUUAUUAUGCUUGCAUGACUUUUUUUAAAAAAAAUGUGGUGUGGACAUGAUACACACUGCUGUGUAAUGGUAAAUAUAAAACUGAUCAUUUGAGGCUGUGAUGAAAUAGUGACUGUGUAACUAAUUGAGAUGUGAUUGAAUGGAAGAGAAAAAUAUUUUUUGUUGAAAAGACUAAAGAUUCUAUUGUUACUAUAUUUUUUAAGUUACAAAAUGAAUUUAUUUACAAUAUGUUGAAAGUGACUGAGGAUUGUAAUUAAAAGGAUUUAUAUGUAAGUUUUAUAUGUAAAUAAAAGAAUGUUAACUA